AUGACCGCAAAAGACACAAAGUUUUCUUCGGAAAACUCUGUCCAUCCGUUAGGAUACCAAUCUUCAUUGGAGUUGGAACGGCUUCCUCUCUCGCUCCUUGGCCAUGUCAUGCCAAAGAUAUACGUCUUGAUCGCCGAGGUGUUUCCUUUGCCAGAAUCCACAGACACGGAAGCAAUUGUGAAGAGUAUGAUAGCCGGGCUAGAAGCUGCUCUUUCCAGGUUCCCUAUUCUAGUUGGGUCCAUCGAUGUGGACGCAGCCACUGGUCGCAUGUGGGUGACGAAGAAACGAGACUCGGCAGUGAAAUUACAUGUUAAGUAUAUGCUUGACGAAAGUGAAUUUCCUUCCUACGAAGAGCUUGCCGAAAAGGAUUUUCCCGCCAGUCUAAUUGCUGGACAUCAGCUUCUUCCUGAGUCGGUAACCGCGAAACAACUCCACUCACCCCUGGGAGAUAACGCCGAAGGGGGAAUCGACGUUGCGGCAUUUCAGAUCAACUUUAUUCGAGGGGGUUUCAUUCUGGGCACUGCAGUUCAUCAUGCUGUCUCCGAUGGCCCAGGGUGUGAUGGCUUCUUGGCAACGUGGGCAGAGAAUAGUGCUGCAGCAGCCAAAGGCCAGCCACUUAGUCCUCUGGAGCCUUUGGAUAGUUUUGAGCCCGCAUUGGAUGUUAAGGAUCCAACACCAGAGCGGAUGGCGGAUAUCAAGGAUGCAUACCCAGUUCUUAAGGAUGCUGGUGGUCCCAUGCCACCACCACCGGCCGACUUUAAGAUGCCUCCCCUGGUCCAGCAAAUGUGGCAUUUUCCAAAGAAGAACGCCGAAUCAUUAAAGGCACUGGCAUCUACUACUCUAGAAGAUGGCUGGAUUUCUACAUACGAUGCGGUUAUGGGUCUUAUCUGGAGCAGUGUCACUCGCGCAAAGAUCGACUUACUCAAGCCAGAUCUCAACUCCAAGGCGUUGCUAAUUAACGCUAUCAACACAAGGAAGGUAUGGAAUCCGCCACUAUCGGAAUCUUUCCUCGGCGUUGCUGCUACACCAGGUCGUUGUGAGCCGCUACCUUUGAAUGAGAUCAUCGCGGAGGAAAAUCUCUCUAAGCUUGCGGCGUCCGUUCGCUCAUCAAUACAGGAGGUGACCCCCCAGUAUCUUGAUGGCAUGUUACAAUGGAUUGCUGGUCAUGAGGACAAACGGUGGCUUGAAACUAGCAUAAAUUCCUUCCUAGGCAUGGACCUUGCGGCAUCUAGUUGGCAAGGCAUGGCUGCUUAUGAAAAACAUGAUUUCGGCUUUGGGUUACCCAGCGCACUGAGAUGGCCAAGCCCUCCAUUUGAUGGAUUCGUUUUUCUGUAUCCGAGCCGAGCUGAUAUGAAGGAUGCAAAGCCAGGUGAAGGUAUUGAAGUGUGUGUAUGCUUGGAACAGAGCUGUCACGAGAGAUUGAUGAAGGACACCGUGUUACUGCAGUACGCUCACCCAAGAGGUUAA